AUGCAUCCGAAAAGUAUGGUUGACGACUGGUGAUGAAGUCCAGGGAUGUGGGUGCGAAUUCUCGAAGCUCGCGCGCUCCUACUAUAUUGCCAUACAUGUAGAUCCAUGAAGGGCGUGCGACUUCGCGAACCACGGUGAUGAAAGCAGCUUCGUCCCUCCCCAUCCCGACUUCCUGUCCAGUGAUGACGUCUUUCAGACGCUGGCUCCUGGUGGCACUCGCAGCAUCUGCUGUCAGGGCCGAGCCAGUUCAGAAACAAGGCUUGCAUCUUCCUCCUGAUGCUCCCAUCCAUCAGGCAGCAGUCAAGGACCUUUUUGUCACGAGCUACGAAGCUUACCAGAAGUAUGCCUGGGGGCAUGAUGAUCUGUUGCCUGUUUCAGAAACAUAUUUUGAUGGACGGAACGGAUGGGGCGCUUCCAUCGCCGACGCUAUGAGCACCAUGUGGAUUAUGGGACUCACGGACUGGUUUGAACAAGCUGUCAAUCACACUGCUAACACCGACUUUACCAUUUCGCACACUUCCGACACCGUCAGUCUGUUUGAAACCACUAUUCGUUAUGUCGGAGGUUUCCUGAGCGCUUAUGAGCUCAGCGGGGGAAUGUAUCCAGUUCUAGUUGAAAAGGCCCAGGACCUCGCCGAUCAAAUGGCCUAUGCCUGGGUUGGGAAUCAGUCAAUUCCGUAUGGAUAUAUGGACUUUACAAACCACCAGCCCACCCUCGACACCUCAAACAUUGCCGAGGCUGGAACUCUUACCCUGGAGUGGAAUCGCCUCAGUAAAUAUACUGGCAAUUCUACGUACCAAGAAUUGGUUGAGAAAUCUGUUCAACAUAUGAUUCAAAUGUCGACCCCUCUCCCUGGUAUGCCUGCUCAAGGCAUUAACCCAAAGACCGGUGAUUCUGUCGGUGGGUAUGUGACUUGGGGUGGAGGUUCUGACUCUUACUUCGAAUAUCUCAUAAAAUAUGCCCGCCUUACAAAUACUGACGACAACUCGUAUGCCGAUGCGUGGUUGACGGCCGUCGACACCUCCAUGAAGACGCUCCUAAGAGCCUCAACUGUCGAUAACUGGCUGUACCUUGCUGAUUACGAUGACAACAAAAAAAUACGUCACGUGGGAUCUCACCUGGCUUGCUUCUACGGAGGCAACUGGAUUCUGGGGGGCAAGCUCGCCAACAAUGCCACAAUGGUCAAUCUUGGUCUUCAGCUCACCGAUGCAUGUUGGAAUACAUACGCGAGCACUGCUACUGGUAUUGGCCCCGAAGUUUUCUCAUACGUAUCCAGCGACGGCAACUACACUGGCGACACUGCUCCCGACCAAGAGCAACUCGAAUUCUAUGAUAAGCACGGCUUUUAUAUUACUGCCCCCGACUACGUUCUUCGUCCUGAAGUCCUCGAGUCUAACCUCUAUGCUUGGCGUGUGACUGGAGAUCCUAAGUACUUCAACAAUGCAGUUAGCGCCACUCGCAGCUUCCAGAAGUACCUGUCUACAACUGUUGCAUACACUGGUAUCUACGACGUGAACAACGUGGAUUCCGCCAAAAUCGAUGACAUGGAAAGUUUCUGGUUCGCUGAGGUCCUCAAGUACCUGUACUUGACCUUUGACGACCCCGAUCACAUCUCGCUUGAUGAAUAUGUCUUCAACACGGAGUGCCACCCUUUCAAAGCGCCGUCCGCCAAAGAAAAUUAUGGCUCAGGUACUGGGCCCCACCCUGUGCCAUGGCAGCCAUUCUCCCCGGAGAGCCCCAGCGCUCCUCUACCAGCUAUUUCCCCGAUUCCUGCGCUCCUACCCUUACUAUUGUGAACCUUAAUUCGUAAACACUAUUAAUAAUUCCGCGGCUACUCUUCAACUAUCUGACUCUAACAUCACAUUGCACUGGAUAUUUUACUUUGCAGACUAGUCAAUUGUUUAUUGAUAUUGUAUUGGAGUUCGGCUCUAACGUCAAAACAUAUCACUGUCAUUCUGACUUGCAUACAUAGUCAUUCGUUUAUCGUUGAUACCUUCCUUUGUUUUAGAAUUAUCAUGGACAUCCAUUUGUAUACCCCACCAGUGGCGUGGCGCGAUAAAACUAACAUAGGCUUACCGAUUAGUGAUGCCUUCCCCCAUGCCAGUGGCUGGUGAGGGCAAGAAAUGCGGAAGCGCGCAGCAGUCGCAUCACAUA